AUGGAAUCUCCAAAUGAAAAGAGGGAGAUUAUGGACCAGUCCGCUCCUGACCGGUUUAGCUUCUUCUCGUCUCAGACGAAAGAAGUCACCACCUCGUCGACCUGGGACGCUCUCUUCCCAGGUGGAAAUCUUGACCAUAUGACCCAGGAGAAGCACAAGGGUCGUCCAGAUCCCAAUCAGCCGAUCUGGUGGAUUGAUAUCCGUGAUGCCACCGAGGAAGAUGUUGAUGUCGUUGCCCAGGCGUUGUCCAUUCAUCCCUUGACGGCGGAGGACAUCGCCAUCCGCGAGCCUCGGGAGAAAGUCGACGUCUUCAAGAACUACUAUCUAAUCUCAUUUCAAACAUUGGUAGCCAACGCAACUAAGCAAGAACGGCCUGGCAUUCCGGUUUCUGCGGCGCUGUACAUUAUCGUCUUCCAGUAUGGCGUCGUCACUUUCUCACCUAGUGGUUCUGGCCAUGUCACUCGGGCUCGUGAUCGUAUUUGCAAGAUGCACGAUCCAUCCAUUCUGACAAGUGACUGGGUCUGUUAUGCAAUGAUCGACGACAUAAUCGACAGCUUCGAACCCAUGACCCGGGCCGCAGAAGCCGAAUCAGAAGCAAUCGAAGACCAAGUUUUCAUCGCACGCAUCGACGACGCAAAAGAACUAAUCCCACAAGUCGACUCCCUGCGCAAGAGAAUAACCCAUAUCAUCCGCUGUCUGCACGGCAAAGUCGACGUCCUCAGUGGCUUCGUCAAGCGCUGCCAGUCACCCGACAAGCACCCAGUAUUCCCAGACGGGGAUCUGCUCCUCUAUCUCGGCGACGUGCAAGACCAUCUCGUCACGACCUUGUCCACUCUUGGGCAUAUCGAUGAGAUCAUUGGUCGAUCACAGGCGAAUUGUCUGGCACAGCUGAGUGCUACGAACCUGCGACUUAGUUUGACUAUUAAUUCGGGAUUGAGUAAGGUUACGCUUCUCGCUACAAUUUUCGUGCCUUGUCACCUUGUUACCGGAAUGUGGGGGAUGAAUGUUGAGGUUCCGGGGCAGGAGGAUCAUGGGCUUGGGUGGUUCUUUGGAAUUAUUGGUUGCUUUGCUGCGUUCAUGGUUGUUUGUGUGGCUAUGGCUUGGAGGUAUAAACUUUUGUAG